CGCCUCCUCCAUCUCCCGCCACUGCCUCCCACACUCUUUUCCCUACUCUUUUUCGGAAGAAAAGAAGUUAUGGAUAUUCCGGUGAUAGAUCUAACGCGAUAUCUAGAGAUUGCCGAUAAGCUGAGCACCGACCCGGUGAAAUUGUCCGGUCAACUCGUAGAACUUGGGCCCUGGCUUGGUGAAUUGUGUAAGGAGGUGAGCCGGAUCCUUAGAGAAACCGGAGCUUUGGUGGUUAAGGACCCGAGAUGUUCGGCAGAUGAUAACGAUCAGUUCAUAGAUAUGAUGGAGAAGUACUUUGAGAGACCACCGGAGUUCAAGAGGCUGCAGGAGAGACCCCAUUUGCAUUACCAGGUUGGAGUGACCCCUGAAGGGGUAGAAGUUCCAAGGAGCCUAGUUGAUGAAGAGAUGCAAGAGGCAUUAAAAGCAAUGCCCAAAGAGUUCCAACCAUCCACUCCAAAGGGACCAGAUCGUAAGUGGAGAUACAUGUGGAGAAUAGGUCCUCGACCGUUGAACACCCGUUUUAAGGAACUUAAUUCAGAACCUGUAAUACCUGAAGGUUUCCUUGAAUGGAAAGAGACUAUGGACUCAUGGGGACACAAAAUGAUCUCAGCAAUAGAGGCUGUCGCUGAAAUGGCAGCAAUUGGUUUUGGUUUGCCCAAGGAUGCAUUUACUUCUAUUAUGAAGCAGGGACCACAUCUUCUUGCACCAACAGGGAGUGACCUUGGCUGCUAUGGCCAAGAAGGCACUGUGUUUGCUGGAUAUCAUUAUGACCUUAAUUUCCUAACAAUUCAUGGCAGAAGCAGAUUUCCCGGCCUUAACAUCUGGCUAAGGAAUGGUCAAAAAGUUGAAGUGAAGGUUCCUCUAGGCUGUCUCCUCAUUCAGACAGGAAAGCAGAUAGAGUGGUUGACUGCAGGAGACUGCAUAGCUGGCAUGCAUGAAGUUGUUGUCACAAAAAGAACAAUUGAUGCAGUCAAAUUAGCAGCAGAACAAAACCGUAGCCUAUGGAGAGUUUCCUCCACACUUUUUGCGCACAUAGCAUCAGAUGCAGUAUUAAAGCCUUUAGGUCACUUCGCCGAAUCCCCACAAGCAAGCAAAUAUCCUCCCAUCUGUACAGGAGAGUUUGUUGAACAAGAACUUGCGGUUAUCAAUCUAAAAGGAAGUAAAGGUGAAUCCUGAUUAUUCUCCACUGAUGCAAAAAGCAUCUUAUUAUGGUUGUUGGGAUUUUUCGUUUGCGUUAUAAACAUCGGGUUGGGGGCAUCAACGGGGCUAGAACAUUUCAUGAAGCCAUAUCUUACUCUUUGCAUGUAAUAAAAAAAAUUCAUGAUACUUCUGCAUGUUCUUCCAAAUUAAUUUUGAUUUUUUUUUUUCCCUGAGAACUGUGAAGUAUAACAUGCUUUUCCUGAAAAAUUGUCAGGUUUAUUUAUGUAUAGAUCCAGUUAUUAUUUAUUCA